AUGGGAAAUGGAUAUAAUCAGCAUCUUCACCACCAAAACCUGCAUCUUAAUCUCAAGGGAACUUUUUUGCCAAUGUUGUGUUCAAAACCAUCCAUAAAAGAUGUGACCCUUCCCAAAUGGCAAGAUAGGUCUGCGUCUUUGUCUGAUGACCCUUUGUCUCCAAAGAUCAGUUGCAUGGGACAAGUCAAGAGGAAUAACAGGAUUGUUGGGUUUCCUGCAGCUUCUCACAAACUCAAUAUCACCACCAAGAAUAGCGGCAAUGACAGUAUCAAGUAUUUCAAACUCAAGAAACUGUUUUCUGGCAAGAAUCUGACUAGCAGCCCUGCCACCACCACCAUCAAUUGCGGAAGAAAAGAAGUGUUUGUAAAUAGUACAAGCCGGUCCAAGAAUGGUGAUGGAAAGGAGAAUUCUGCUUCAAUCAACAUUGAAAAUAUGGAUCCCCCCUUGCCUGUGAUCAAGAGAGUGCCAAAACAAGGUGAUAAAGGAGAUGGAGAUACUCUUUGGCAGAGGAGAUCGCGUGGGGUUGCAUUGAAAAGCUUACAGCUUCAACAGGUUCAACUAAACAGACAUCAAGAACCAACCACAGCUUGA